AUGUCGGGAACAUUGGCCGUUGUGAGCCAAUCGUGCAGUUCUAUCAGCUUCUUCGACCUUCAGUCGAGCGAAAGGACGGCAUACCUGACAGACCUCAUCCCAGAACCGCAUGAAAUAUUAUUCGAUAGCAAAAGAAAUGUCAUGUACUGCAGCCACGCCUACCAUCACGGACACUUCUGGUCUCAUGGAGACAAUGGCCAUCAAAUCUCUGUCAUCGAUCCCAAUAAAAAAGAGGUCGUCGACAUAAUUGAAACAAGACCCGCACUCGGCCCUCAUGGGCUAGUCCUUGAUGCGAAACAAGACAUCCUAUGGUGCAGUUAUGAAGAGCAUGAGUCCAGCUCCAGUGGAGGAGUGAUUGGCAUCGACCCGAACACCCGCAAAGUCAUCAAACAAGUCGAGAGCUCGACGAAGACCCAUUGGUUCGUCGUGACGCCCGACGGGAAGAAAGCGUUCACUUGCAACAAGACUGCACCAUUCAUCUCCGUGCUUGAUUUGGAGAACCAACGGAUGAUAGGGAAGAUCGAGAGCCCUGGAGGAACAGAAGAGUGCAGUAUCUCACUUGAUGGGAAAUAUGCCUAUUUUCCAACACCCGGCACUCAAUUCGGCAAGAUCCCAGAAAGUCCACAAGUCCUGGUUAUCGACACUGCGAUGGACAAGAUUGUUGCCAGGAUCGCUCUGCAAUCUGGAGCUCUGUCGACAUAUGUUGCAGGAGACGGAAAGAUUCUUGUAGGCGAGUAUCGAUACGUCAACGGCUUGGCGGCAAAAGGGCAAUUGUCCGUGUACGAUUCGAAAACAAACAAGCUGGUUGGAGCAACCGAUAUCGGAAAGAUGCCGCUCACUCUGCGCGCUUCUCCAGACGGCAAGCUCGGAUUCACGGCGAAUAUCUUCGAGGGAUCGGUGUCCGUGGUUGACAUGUCGACAAUGGAAGUUACCAAAACGCUCGUGGUAGACACAGAGCGCAGCAAGGUUUCAAAUAUAUGUCAAGGCGCACAUGGAAUGGUCUAUUUCCCUCGAGACUGA